AACUAAGGCGGAGUACCCUGCUUGUUACCAAGACUAAGUUAAUUUUGGUUAGUUGCGCGUGCGCUGGCGUUAGAGCGACCGCGUCGCUCCGCAGCGUAAACAACUCCCUGAUAAUGUAAGUGUUUCAUCAAAAUUUGUUAAAUUGCCUAGAGACAGACAGUACACUGAUAUCAUUAUGGAGUGUUACACAUCCGACAGCUGCGAUAGCGAUAGCAGAGAGCAAAAAACACUUGAUCUAUCGUACAAGUUAUUGGACUCGAUCAACUUAUCAUUAGAAUUGAAAGGCAUUGUUGAUGAGAAGAAUUGCGCACAAAAUUAUGAGACCAUAUUGCUUUACAACAACCAAAUUAAGAUCCUGCCAGAAGCAAUAAACAGGUUCUGCAACUUGAAGAUUUUGGACAUCAGUAAUAACAGAUUAACAGUGCUCCCAGAUGUGCUAAAAAAUUGCCCUUUGACGUCUCUGAUAGCGAAACAUAACCAGCUGACGAACGAAUCUUUGCCGAAAUGUUUCAAUACGGCGAAGAACACACUGAAGGAACUUAAUUUAAGUGGAAAUCAGUUGAACUAUUUCCCAGAACAAGUAUUAGAAUUAACAUCACUGAAGUAUCUCUAUCUCGGUGGGAAUCACAUAGUCAACAUACCAAAGGAUAUAUGGAAGCUAAGCAGUUUGCAGAUUUUAGCAGUAGGCGGCAACCAAAUAACAGACGUACCGGAGUCUGUGGGGCGACUGACCGCUCUUCAGGCCCUGGUGCUAAGUGACAACCAAAUAGAACAAUUGCCCGCAAGCAUCGCUAAUCUUAAACAGUUGCGGUCAUUGCUUAUUCACAAAAACAAGUUGAAGACUCUGCCAACGCAGAUCAUCAAAUUGACAUGUUUAACAGAGUUGAGUCUUCGAGACAACCCUUUGGUGGUGCGCUUCGUGCGCGAUAUGACUCUGCAACCCCCGUCGCUACUGGAGCUGGCCGGCCGUACUAUAAAGCUGCACGAGAUUCCAAUACGCCCAGGGGAUAUUCCAAAUACGCUCCUGCAGUACCUCAGUGCAGCGCAAUGUUGUGUUAAUCCAAAGUGUAAAGGAGUAUUUUUCGACAAUCGCGUGGAGCACAUAAAAUUCGUGGACUUUUGUGGAAAAUACCGAAUUCCACUGCUUCAGUUCUUGUGUAGUUCGCGCUGUAUCACCGGCAGUUGGGAGAGCCGGGAAAUGGAUGCCAAUCCUCAUCCUCACAUGAUGCGAAAAGUCCUACUUGGAUGAUUUUAAACACGUCCAAAAUUGCUUUCUCGUGCGACAUUUCAUACUGGCCAAAUGCAUUUACUGUUAUCACAAUGGUAUAGGUAGGUAUAGGCUCUAAGUUCUAAAGAUAGCCUACCUACGCAUAACCAUUCAAAAUAUUGGACUAAGAAUGUGCCUUAUAGGUUAUGUGAGAAUUUUUUUUUUACUUUGCUUUGUAUAUGUGUAGUUAGGUCUUAUAUUAAAUUUUACGAAUAACAUAUCAUCCAGAAUUCUUAUAAUAAGUUAAUAAAAUUAAAACCAUUAGUCAAUAAAUCAAAAAAUAACUGCCUGUUGUGUGGUCAAACAAAAUUAGGCAGUGGUUAUUCAAUCAAUAUAACAUUUGCCAGUGAAGUCCCUUAAUGUUCUCCCACGCAACACCUUCAUUGUUACUAUGAUAACUACUCAAUAAUUAUUUUGUCAUGUGUAACUCUUAAUAUGUAUAUAGAUAAUAUAUCACUAUUAUUGUUUCUUAUUUUAAGCUAAGUUUGAACUUGUGAUAGAUUUUUGGUUUUGUAUAGAUGAAAAUGAAAUUAAAGCUUUAUACAGUUAAAACUAUUUUAUUUUAUCUAAUAUUUUACAAACUUAUCACACAUUUUUGUAAAAAGAAAGAAAUGACGAAAAGAAUCUCAUACUGUCACUUUCGAUUUUCAACCCACAUUAGACAUUAUCUUAAAAAUAUUAUUAGAUACCUCUGCCUAGAAUGAUAUAAAGAAUUAGUUAUUAUCUUGUAAAAACUUCAUUCUUUCUGCUUUUCCACGCAUUAUGGCCUCUUUAAAUAAUUUGCAGUAUAAUUCUAUCGCCACAGGACUGUCAUCAUUUCCAGGGAUUGGGUAUGUUAUUAAAUUAGGGUUACAAUUAGUAUCUACAACUCCUAUCGUCGGAAUCAACAUUUUUGCACUAUCUCUGACUGCUGUAUGCUGAUUCAAUAUAUUGUUUU